AUGGUGUCCAAGCAGACAUACAGAAGACAUGCUUCCGCUGAUCUCAUUGAAAAGUUUAAAAGAGAUUAUCUUUUGCCUUCUACACAAACACUACAUGAGCUGAAUGACAAUGACAUGGAGAUUGAUGCCAAGAACAAUGAAGGCAAUGAGCAAAUUGAAUCUACAGAAGAUCUACCUGAUUUUACCGAAGAUUUGUUGUUCAAUGGUGAAAGUGACAGUGAUGAUGACAGCAUUGAGUCAGACACUCAGGACACUCUCAAUGCUUUGGAUGAUUUGGACGAUUCUGAAGAUAUCGAAGAUUAG